AUGAGCCACCUCUUCAGCCCCCGGCUGCCUGCUCUGGCCACCUCGCCCAUGCUCUAUCUGUACGGCCCCGAGAGACCGGGGCUGCCUCUGGCCUUCGCCCCCGCGGGCGCGCUGGCGGCCUCGGGCCGGGUGGAGCCCCCCCAGAAGCCGCCCUACAGCUACAUCGCGCUGAUCGCCAUGGCGAUCCAGGAUGCGCCUGAGCAGAGGGUCACACUCAACGGCAUCUACCAGUUCAUCAUGGACCGCUUCCCCUUCUACCACGACAACCGGCAGGGCUGGCAGAACAGCAUCCGCCACAACCUCUCGCUCAACGACUGCUUCGUCAAGGUGCCCCGCGAGAAAGGGCGGCCCGGAAAGGGCAGCUACUGGACACUGGACCCUCGCUGCCUGGAUAUGUUCGAGAACGGCAACUACCGGCGCCGGAAGAGGAAGCCCAAGCCCGGCCCAGGGGGCCCGGAGGCCAAGCGGGCCCGCGCCGAGACGCAGGAGCGCGGUUCAGAAGCGCCGCCGGAGGUGCGGAGCGCGGCAGGGUGCCCCCGCCCCGCGACCCCCAUCCAGGAAAGAGCGCCCGAGCGCCCCUCGCCCCUUCGGGAAGCCUCCUCUCCGCCACCGGCGUCCCUCCCCUGGCCCAGGCCCGGGUCCCCAGAGGGGGACGCGGGCGACGCGCUCCAGGGCGCAGCGGCGGUGGCUGUCGGCCAGCCUGAGCGCACGGUGGAUGGCCGGGCGACUCCUCCGCGCCCCGCCUCCCGCAGCUCUCCGAAGAGUUCGGACAAGUCCAAGAGCUUCAGCAUAGACAGCAUCCUGGCCCGACGGCAGGGGCAGAAGCCGGCUGGAGGGGGCGAGCUCCUGGGGGUCGCCAAGCAGGGGCCCGGCGGCUGUCUGGGCGCCUCGCUCCUGGCCACCUCCUCGAGCCUCCGUCCGCCUUUCAACGCUUCCCUGAUGCUCGACCCGCACGUCCAGGGCGGCUUCUACCAGCUUGGGAUCCCCUUUCUCUCCUAUUUCCCCCUGCAGCUCCCAGAAGCGGUGCUUCAUUUCCAGUAA